CGGAAGUGUGUAAUUCCAAACUAGUUCCAGGGCCCGAAAGUGUCGGGGGAUUCUAUGGAAGAGAUGUCAGGAGAGAGUGUGGUGAGCACGGCUGUGCCGGCAGCUACAACACGGACCACCUCUUUCAAGGGCUCCAGCCCCAGCUCCAAAUACGUGAAACUGAACGUGGGUGGAGCCCUCUACUACACUACCAUGCAGACGCUAACCAAACAGGAUACCAUGCUCAAAGCCAUGUUCAGUGGCAGGAUGGAGGUCCUGACCGACAGCGAAGGUUGGAUUCUGAUUGAUAGGUGCGGCAAGCACUUUGGGACCAUUCUGAACUAUCUGAGGGACGGAGUGGUUCCCCUGCCAGAGAGCCGGAGGGAAACAGAGGAGCUGUUGGCUGAAGCCAAGUAUUACCUUGUACAGGGCCUGGUGGAUGAGUGCCAGGCAGCCCUACAGAACAAAGACGCGUAUGAGCCUUUCUGCAAAGUGCCUCUGGUCACGUCAUCGAAGGAAGAGCAGAGACUCAUCGCCACCUCAAAUAAGCCUACAGUCAAACUGCUGUAUAACAGGAGCAACAACAAGUAUUCAUACACCAGCAACUCGGAUGACAACAUGCUGAAAAACAUCGAGCUUUUUGACAAGCUCUCGCUUCGCUUCAACGGACGCGUCCUCUUCAUCAAAGACGUGAUCGGGGACGAGAUCUGCUGCUGGUCUUUCUACGGGCAGGGCAGGAAAAUCGCCGAGGUCUGCUGCACGUCCAUCGUCUACGCCACCGAGAAGAAGCAGACGAAGGUUGAGUUUCCAGAGGCCCGAAUCUAUGAAGAGACACUUAACAUUCUGCUGUACGAGUCUCAGGAUGGCCGAGGUCCUGACAACGCCCUCCUGGAGGCAACAGGGGGCGCCGCAGGGCGCUCUCACCACCUGGACGAAGAUGAAGAACGCGAACGCAUCGAGAGGGUGCGGAGGAUCCACAUCAAAAGACCGGACGACCGCACCCACCACCACCAGUGACCUCCUCGACCUCGCCGACCUUUUGACCUCUCCGACCUGGCCCCACACCUGUGCCUUAAGACCACCAGCGCUUUGACCUCUUAACCUCCCCGUCCGUAGACAGGCACGCCCAUGUAGCCUUGCAGUAUCUCACAGAAACAUAAAAAAAAAAAAAAAAUCUCCAUCCAAGAUUUCAUGACCUGUUUCAGAUUUGGUCUGUUUAUUUUGCCCAAGGCAAAAUCUAUCAUAGCAUUAAAAAAAAAUAUUGGAUUAUAAAUAUGAUUUAGCGAGAGACACUGUUUUUGAUAAAUUUCCUAGCUGAGGUGUCAGCUCUGAUAUUGGUCCCUGACAUUGUAGGAUGAUGGCGUUUCUUAAAAUAGUCUACGUUUUGGGGAGGUUUCUGCAUCGCAUGCAUCGACCUAAGAUUAAAAAAAAUGGGGAUGCAUUACGUCCCAUGAAAGAUGUUAGCGUUCAAUCGCAGAAAGGUUUAUUAUUAGUACGCCAGGAAGUCCUAUGUCGUGAGACUUUGUUGUAAACGGUUUAAUUUGAAAGUGACGAUAGGUAUUGGACUUAGGUCAGAAGUAAAAUUAACUCUCGACCAAUUUUGACAUUCCCUCUUAUUCCACCCCUCUCCUAAUAUUCUCCAGAGCAGUUUUUUUUUUUUUGUCAGUUGAAUGUACCCAAGUGCAGCAUUUACAUAAAAGGCUCCAAUAUAUUGAAACAACUGUCAGAUUUUAAAAGAAUUCUAUAGUGUUGCAGCUAACGAAUAUUUCAGCAAUUCAGCAUAGGCGCUGUUUGAUAGUGUUAGCCUAUGUUGUGUAGUGUUUUAUGUUGUAUGUGUGGCCAUUUUCUCCGUAAACCAACCCUCACUCCUUUAUUUCGUUUGGCUGUUUGUGCCUUAUGUUGUGUUUCUCGGUAAUUCCAUACGAGUUGUGUGUACGUGCGUGGUGUCGUUUUUUGGGUUUUUUUGUUUUAAUUUGAAGUGUUUGUUCGUUUUUGUGUUGCCGUAUCUCAAAAUAGUAACGGCUGGUCUUUGUGUGUGGUAAGUGAAGUUGACCGUCGCCGAUGAAAUCAAAUUGAAGGAAGGAUUUUGGUCUUCUUUAAUCUGGUGUCGUUUCAGCGUUAUAUGUGAACUGGCUGAUGUGAGAGAGAGAGACAGAGAGAGAGAAAGAGAGAGAGAGAGAGAGAGAAGCGUUACAUAUUAACUGGCUGAUGUGAGAGCGAGAGAGUGAGAGAGAGAGAAGGAGAUGAGAGAGAGAGAGAGAGAGAGAGAGA